AUGGCCUGCAGAGCCGGUAGCUUGCGAUUUUUGAUUCCAAAGUUUGCGUCAUGUGUUAAUCGAGUGAAUUCAGGAACAGUUCCAGCUUUGAUAAGAAAGACACAACCUAGGAUCUCUGCAAGCAGACACAGAUUUUCAUCAACAGUUCCUAAACCGAAGAAAGAAACGGUGCAAGUGUACUUUAUGGACAGGGAUGGUGAUGAAAUAGAAGCCAAAGUCGCAGUUGGUGAAUCUUUUCUUACAGCUGCUAUUGACAACGAUGUAGAACUGGAAGGGGCCUGUGAAGGAACACUAGCCUGCUCCACAUGCCAUCUAAUCUUCAAGCAAGAGGAUUAUGACAAGAUACCAGAAAAACCCACAGAUGAAGAACUUGACAUGCUGGACUUGGCAUAUGGCUUAACAAAUACGUCACGUCUGGGUUGUCAAGUAGUAGUGACCAAAGAGAUGGAUGGACUGCAAGUUCAGGUGCCAACUUCUGUGGUUGAUGCUCGAGAUCCGUCCUAGCACUGACUGACCUUCAUCCAGACAACUUGUUGAACUUUUAAACUUCUCAUUGUAAAUAUUCUGGAUUCUGUAAAAUCGUUACUUUUUCUUAAAUACAAGUAAAGUUAAUAUCUGUAAUUUUGAUCCUGCCAAAAUGUCAGGAGGUUAAAAAGCAUCUUUGAAAACCUCUAAGUAUAACGAAGUACCACAAUUUAUUGUGAAAAUUGUGAUCUCUGGUACAUUUGGAUACUACACAUUUAGAGUACUUUGAUUCAACAGAAAAUCUGCUAUCUUUUGAAACAGAUUAAUUUUACUUUUAUGAUAGACAGAUACAUUCUACUGUCAUGGUAAGCAGAUGGAAGUCACUUUUGUUUUAAACUGAUGAAAUUGCAAGUCUACUCUCUUGUUAAACAGAUUAAUUCUAAUUUGAUGAUAAACAGCUGGUCUGCUCAUGCUAAACAGAUUAAGUGUUUCUUACAUUAGAAAAAUAACUAUUGUACUGUAGUUGAAUAUGUGCAGUUAUUAAUCACCGCUCAAUAAGGGCUAAAAACUGUUGUGUAAAUGUCGUCUGAAGAAGCAAAAACAUAAAUUAUACCAUCCACAAAGGAAACACUUGACGUCAGUCCUUUAAUUAAAAUUACAUGUAUUACAAUAAAUAGUGAUAGGAACAUUAUAUGGACAUCAAUGUAGGCUAGUAAUUGAAAAAUGACCAAGUGUUUAGAAGAGAAAAUCUGUAUCAUGACACAGAAAUUGUGUGUAACAAGAGAAGUCUUUAUCUGUUAAAUCAAUGAACUUUGACAUGAAUUAAGUGUUUUUUAAACUAUGACAAUCAUUCAUGUUGACCCUGUGUUAAGCGUUCAUGUGUCAUAAUGUGGGAGGAUUUCUGAGAACUCACUGAUGAAAAUCAGGUAAUCAGUAACUGUCUAUUCCGCUGCUAUUUCACAUCUACUGCAUCACUUCCAUUUGAUUUUAAAACAGGUCAGGCUUUACAAGAAUGAAUUAAAGUCAUUAUUUAUCAUAGUCUGUUAAUAUCAGAAAUUAUAAACAUACCUGUUUUGUUUUUUCAUUUCGUUAUAAUUUCAAUAAUAUCAUGUUUAAAUCUAAAGCAUCUUAUAUACACUAUAUAUUAUUGAUUGUGCCAUCUUAGUUGAACUCCAGCGAAGUCAUAAUUUAAGUACGACACAUUGGAAUUUUCCCUGCUUCAUAUUGGAAUCAGUGAUUAGGUUCACAUCAAGUAUGAAAAGCAUGUCUUGUGAUUGAUAUUGGAAUCUUCCUGAUGGGAAAAUAAUAAAUUUGUAUUUCGAUUCCCUAAAAACAUAUUAUUUUUGUGUAUGUAUAUAUACACUAAAUCUUGUUAAUGAGAACAUUAUCAGUAGGGUAAUGUCACAAUUAUUUGUGUCCAAGUAGGGAAGUUUUCCUAUUGUCAAAAUGUUUUCUCUGUUAUCUUGUAGAAGUGUAAUGGUAUCAAACUAUGUGUGUUUAAAUGAGUUACAUUUUGUCUAGAAAUAUGUGAGAUCCCAUUACUCAUUAAAUUUCGUUUUGGAUGUUUCAUGAAUACUGGACAAACCAAAAGCUAAACAGCAGUGUUGAGAACUUUUGUAUGUAAUCUUAUAUUUAGUAGUGUAGCUAAGAGUUGGUCCAGAUAUAGACGACAUCCGUGCAGAAAUAUAGGUCUCUAUAUUGACAAACAACAAAUCUAAAUGUUUUUUCUCCCAGGUAUACUUAAAUUUAUUGAUUUAGUAAUGGAACAUGUACUUGUUAGCUACAGUAAAACAACUGCUUUUGGACUGUUGGUAGAUGUAAAGAAAACAAACGCACAAGACAUCACUACACUUCAGCUUGAUAUUUUUUUGUUGACCUCCUUUGGAAGUGUGCCCGAGUAAUAUUUUGGACCUUCAGCCUGUCAGUAACAAAGGUCCUUGGAUUUAUGUUUGUAGUUAUUGUUAUUACUUGUACCAGUAGCUGAUUUAUGUGCAGUUAUAACUGUUUAUCACAUGUGUGCUAAUAGGGAUAAGGUGAAGGUGCUGUAUGAUGUUGAUUGUCUUGCUAGAUUUCUAUAUAAUAUUUAAUUUGAUUUAUAUGCACAUUGCCACCAAUAAAUACCCAGACAUUAUUUUUAGAGAAAUAUUUUUGAAUUUAUUAAAACAAAUUUUACAGCUUCCAUUGAUAUCAUAUUGAUUUAACACAGCAUACCAGUAUGUACUUAGUUUAUAAAGUUAUUAAAACGUAAUAAUUCUGAUAGAUACCUGGUGGAGAUUUUUUUUACAGUAAAGAAAAUCAUUUUUGUAAGGAUUCUUCUUUUCAGUGUAACUCUAUGGCAUUAAAAAUUGUGUUAGAAUUGCAUUUUAAAACCAUUUCAGGAGUAGGCCUGUAUUUUUUUACAGUACUUGCAGUUCUCAUUGACAAGUAGAUUAUUUUCAAGAGUUCUGAUAUACGACUAGUCUGAAUAAUGUCCUGUUUUUUUUCUGAUGGCAGUUCAUAUAGAAGGUUAUUCUGUAAAAUGUAUUUGAUGAUUUACUUUCAUCUUGAAGAAUUUAGGAUGCAAUUUUAUCAGACUAAUUAAAUUUUGUACCAUCAAAUUGCAGUAAUUAUUAAAUUUUUAUUGUGAUUUGUGCUAAAUGAUUUACCAAAUUCAAUUGACAGCAUAUGUGUAUAUUUACAAUGUAGGAUGAAUGAGCACCAGCAGAUUUAGCUGUGAUACCAUGUAUAUAUAUGUGAAUACAGACAUUGUAUUUUCUUGGGAUGUGUUUGAAUGCAGAAAUGGUAUUGUCUUUGGGUGUGAUGUCUUGUAUUUUAUGGGAGUUUUAAGACAUCAUGUACCAUACAUUGUUUGAGUCUAUGUGAGGAUCUUGUAUGUGUAAAGACACAACAAAGUCUUUAGAUUUGAAAACAUUACAGUGUCUAGGAUUUCAAAAUCUUAAUGUUGUCAUGGGGUGUUAAGAUAAUACAAUGUCUAGGAAUUUGAUAAUCUUACAUUGUCUUGGGAUUGUACCUUGCAUUGCAUAAUAGUCUUUACAUUGUCAGUGAAGUUUUAAAGAUGUUAGUGCUCAUUGGGUUAGACGACAUCACAUGAUCAGGGAGAAUGAAGGCAUUAAAUUGUAUGUGAAUGUGGAGACAUUGUAUGAUUUUAGAUCAUUUUCAUGUCUUAGUAAAAUCAAAAUGUCAAUAGGUCAAAAUGUCAAUAGGUCCAAAUGAUAAUAGUACACACUCUUCAAACGUGUGAAGCUUUAGAUGCAGGAAGCCAUAAAAUUUUGACAGUUGGAAAAUGUCAUUUUUGUUGUUGUUACGUUAAGGCAUUAUUAUUACUCUAAUUAAUGGGAGAUAACUCGAGUUAGUGAUGUGAUAUAAUGCAUAUUUAUUGUAUGAAUGGUGGUAUUUUUGUAUAUCACUUUUCCUGUUGUACUGACUUUCUGUAUAGCACUAAUCAGAGUAUCAGAGGAGAUGCUGUUGAUUAGUAACUCAGUUUAUAUGACUGUUGAGAGAGAUGGUUGAUAAAACGAAUUAGUGAGUGUGCUAAUAUGUUUAAAUUACCUGUAUAAUGAUGAUACUUGCUGUGUCUGUAUGAUGAAACAUUGACAUUAAACUGGAUUUUAAUCACUUUUUUGAUUUUAA